CUCUGCGUCCCUCUCAGCCUCCGAAGUGCGGCAGCUCUGGUGCGCCUUAAGAGUUAAUGGGAGGCGAUUCAGGAUAUGAAUUUAAAAACUGCUUAUAGCAACAAAGACGCCUCGGAAGCGACGCUCGUUACCGCUGCUCGCUCGCUCUAUCCCUCCCCGGUCUCCGCGUUUCUAGCUGCGGCUUUUUUUUUUUUCCUUUCCUUUCCUCCGUUGGCCCUUUAGCUGAAAGUAGCUGGCAGUGACCGGCAGGCUGCACACCAUGCAAGCUGCGGUUCGAUUGCGGACGAGAUUUCCACGGAAAGACAACGCUGCAUUCUCACCAGAUGGUCCAAAAAGAAAAAGAAACUGAGCGAUUACCGCGAUGGUGUAAAACUCAAAACGGCAAGAGGACGAAUUCCCGGAUCAAAGAUUAACGUUAUUCUCAGCGGAUACCUCCAUUUCGGACGGGCCUUCGGAUGGCGAUGACAUCCCCGGUGCUCUCGGUUUAAAAUCGGUGCAGAGCUUCUCCCUGUUAAACCUUCGUCUGUCUGUCGGGAAGUUUUAAACGGGACGGCGACGCACCCCCAUGCGAAGAGCCCCCUGCCGCCUAAGACACCGACCACCACCAAGUUCAUUCCAAGAACGUCUUGAAUUCUGGACACGGGGUUAUUAGCGGCUCUAAAAAUAUCCCCCUUGAGCGGAAUAUCAGAUGAACAGGCGCUGAGGACGGACCCGCGCACGGCUUCGGAGGGGCUACUGGCGGACAGAGCGGCGCAGGCGAGCCAGCCAGCGAGCACCCGCCACCCGACUUUUGCCUUCCUUCAUUUAUGAGACUGGCGGUGAGCCCCUUCACCGAAAGGACCGCGGCUCGGGAUCGAGGUUCAAAACAUCCUUGCAAUUCCAGAGGAGCCACCGGAGCGCCGAGCUCGACACCGGACUGGGACAGGCGAGCCGUUUGAAGAAGACGAUGACUUCUCACCGAAUUUUGGGGUUCGUGGUCUUCUGCGUGCUCCUCUGUGCGCAGGGCUGCCGGGCCGGCUGUGUGGAGGUCGACUCGGACACGGAGGCGGUGGCCGGAAAUGGAUUUAAAUUGGGGUGCAUCUCCUGCAAGAAGAGAAGCGAAGUUGAAGCCACCGCUGUCAUCACUUGGCUCUUUCAGUCCGCAGAUGACGAAGACUUUCGGGAGAUCUACAGCUAUGAAAGCGUCGGAGUGGUCCAGGACGAGCAGUUUGAAGGUCGCAUCGACUGGAAUGGCAGCAAAAACACCCGCGACCUGCAGGACGGCUCCAUCUACCUGCACAACGUCACCUUCAACGACUCGGGCGUCUACAAGUGCAACGUCAACCGCCUGCUCAUGUACGAGCACUACGAGUUCAACAGCAAUGCCACCAAGGUCGUUCACCUCAACGUGGUUCCAAAAGCCAAUCGGGAGCUGACGUCGAUCAUCUCCGAGAUCAUGAUGUACGUCUUCAUCGUGGGCCUGACCAUCUGGUUGGUGGUGGAGAUGGUCUACUGCUACAGGAAGAUCGCGGCAGCCGGAGAAGAGGCCUUACGGGAAAACGCGGCUGAAUAUCUUGCCAUCACAUCUGAGAGUAAAGAAAACUGCACGGGUGUUCAAGUGGCAGAAUAGCAGUGGAAUCUGACGACACGCAACUCCAAAGACAGGUGUGGCAGUCCACGGUGACGGUGACUCAGGGCUGACCACGCAGGGACAGACAGGAACACAGAAGAGCCUUUGUCACACUGCCAAAGGAACAGGCGAGGACGCCGAAGCCAAUCGCCAUUCAUUUUCAUAUGCAAAUCGCUGUCACACAGAGACACUGUUGCCAGGACAAAAUUAACAAAGCAUGUUGAGUUGUUUAAUACUAUUAAUUAAAAAAAUAAAAAAAGUAUAAAAUGCAAAUGAAAAGAAACAAAAACUGUCUAACAUUACGCUCUGCUUGAAGAUGUCUUCCUUAGUUAGGCUGCAGUCCACAUGGCAGCGAGCUGCACGACGUGUUGGCAAUACACAACUGGCAACUCUGCAAUGCAAGUCCGUUCUCGUCAGUUUAUGGAUUUCGUUUUUUUGCAAUUUUUAGAUUGUGGCCUGUGAAAAUGUUGCUUGCACUUCUUAACAAUUGUUAAUAUGGUGGGUGGGUGGGCAGGCGGGCGGGCGGGGGUCUAGAGGAGGAUUUUAUUUUUGCCUGUAAUUCAGCAUGGCCAGCAAAACAAAAACACAACUUUGUAAAGAAGCCGUUUGGGUGACUCUUUUGUUAAUAAAAUAUAUCCAGUGGCGACAUGAGCACCUUGA